AUGCGUCUUCAACUCUCAUACAUUGUCAGUGUCGCUAUUUUGGCUACUUUUGUCAAUGCAACAGGUUGCAACAAGUGUUUGAAUCAGAAUGAGGACGAUAUUCGCCUUGGCUGCUUCAACAAAUGCAAAGAUGCCUUCAAUCCGAGCAGCGGCGAAUACCAAGUGUGCCGCGACCAGUGCACCGAGAUCGUCUUCAAUGAUCACUGCUGUACCUCAUCUUGCAGCAGCAAGUCUGAUGUGUGCCUCAAUGACUACUUCCAUCGCAUAGGAUUGACAAAACGCGACUCGUCUGAUGAAGAAACCUUACAUCGAUCACAACUAGAUGCGAUCCGAGAGAAUCCCAGUCUCCUUGACAAGCGAGCCUUGCUUGCGGGUGACGCACCGUACCAUCUCAUCCGAAACACUGAACAGUUGCGCUCCUUGAAUCAUCCGGAUUUCAACGAGACUAUUGUGCACGACGUGAGUGAGGAUGGUGGUUUAGGAACUCUUGAUCGCCGGGUCGACCACGGCAAGGUGUGCUGCUUAGCUGCCAAAGCAGUGCUGAAUGCAGGGGCAAUUCAAGUUGGGCCUGCCCUGCACAAAGACCAGUGGAGCGAGGAGGAAUACGCUGGACUUGUGCUGGUCACCUUUGGCAUUGCGGGUGCCUGGAGUUGCAACUACUGGUACAAUGUGCAAUGUAUCUUUUUCAACGCGAACGCUGCUCCAUAG